GGCGCGCCACGGAGCAUGCGCAGACGCCGCCGGCCGGGCGGCCGCGGGGAGCGACUCGCGGCGCCUGCGCAGAGCGGCGGCUUCUCUCGCGAGGACGGACGCCAUUAUCGCAUCUCCCCGACAAACACCACGAGAAUUCCGCAGCCCACACGGAGGAAAAGCCUCCGUAUCCCUGAGUCUGUUCUCUGCUGUGUGGCUGUGGCCACACAUCUGGGCUGGAUGAUGUCGGAACAGGACUUGGCGGAUGUGGUGCAGAUCGCCGUGGAAGACCUGAGUCCUGACCACCCAGUUGUUCUGGAGAAUCACGUUGUCCACGAUGAAGAUGAGCCGUCUCUGAAACGCCAGCGACUGGAGAUCAGUUGCCAGGACCCGUCAAUAAAGUCCUUCCUGUAUUCCAUUAACCAGACAAUAUGCCUGCGACUGGACAGCAUCGAAGCCAAGCUGCAGGCUCUGGAGGCGACGUGCAAGUCGCUGGAGGAGAAGCUGGACUUGGUCACCAAUAAGCAGCACAGCCCCAUCCAGGUCCCCAUGGUGGCAGGCUCCCCACUCGGCGCGACACAGACCUGCAACAAAGUGCGAUGCGUCGUGCCCCAGACUACUGUCAUACUCAACAAUGACCGGCAGAACGCCAUUGUAGCCAAGAUGGAAGACCCCUUGUGCGGCAGGGCUGCGGAGUCCCUGGAAAGUGUCGUCAGCAACACAGUGCCCGGGCGGCGGCAGAACACCAUCGUGGUGAAGGUGCCGGGCCAGGAGGACAGUCACAAUGAGGACGGGGAGAGUGGCUCCGAGGCCAGCGACUGCGUCUCCAACUGCGGGCAGGCCGGCAGCCAGAGCAUCGGGAACAACGUCACCCUCAUCACCCUCAACUCGGAAGAGGAUUACCCCAACGGCACGUGGCUGGGCGACGAGAACAACCCCGAGAUGCGGGUGCGCUGUGCCAUCGUCCCCUCCGACAUGCUGCACAUCAGCACCAACUGCCGCACGGCCGAGAAGAUGGCGCUAACACUGCUUGACUACCUGUUCCACCGCGAGGUGCAGGCCGUGUCCAACCUGUCCGGCCAGGGCAAACACGGCAAGAAGCAGCUGGACCCCCUCACCAUCUAUGGCAUCCGCUGUCACCUCUUCUAUAAAUUCGGCAUCACCGAGUCCGACUGGUACCGGAUCAAGCAGAGCAUCGACUCCAAGUGCCGCACGGCCUGGCGGCGGAAGCAGCGGGGCCAGAGCCUGGCUGUCAAGAGCUUCUCGCGGCGGACCCCACCCUCGUCCUCCUACAGUGCCGCAGAGCCCGUCCUGAGCACGCCGCCGCCCGCCAGUGAGCUGCAGCCGCCGCCGCAGGCCCUACACUACGCCCUGGCCAACGCCCAGCAGGUCCAGAUCCACCAGAUCGGCGAGGACGGCCAGGUCCAAGUAGGCCAUCUCCACAUCGCCCAGGUGCCGCAAGGGGAGCAGGUCCAGAUCACGCAGGACAGCGAGGGUAACCUGCAGAUCCACCACGUCGGACAGGACGGGCAGGUGCUGCAGGGUGCCCAGCUGAUCGCUGUGGCCUCUUCUGAUCCCACCGCCACUGGGGUGGACGGGUCCCCUCUCCAAGGUAGCGACAUCCAGGUCCAGUAUGUACAGCUGGCGCCAGUGACUGACCACACGGCUGCAGCCCAGGCGGCCGAGGCCCUGCAGCCCGGCCUCCCCCCGGAGAUGCAGCUGGAGCACGGGGCCAUCCAGAUCCAGUGAGGACGCGCCGGUGCCCGCUGGGCACGCCACACCGCUCCGCGGCCCCGGCAGAGCCGUCCC